AUGGUCAGUAAAAUAAAAGCAAGCAAGCAUCCCAAACCUAGCAUUGUUUAUCCUCGCGAAGUUUACCUAUUCCGCACUAGCCGCAAAGAAACCGAAGGCACCGAAGCCAUGAAAACUAGACCUGGUAUUGUGAUUUCAGUCGAAGGAUUAAAUAAAUGGAAUAAGCGUUGUAUCAUGGUGCCUGCUACGACCAAAAAAACCGAAUUAGCCAAAAUUUAUCCUUUUGAAGUCAAAGUAGUUAUUGAGGGCAAGAAAGGAAAAGCCAUGAUCGAUCAAAUAAAAACUUAUAAUAAUAAUGAAAAUAACAAUUUAAGUGCGACAGCAGUAAGUGAAGACGAUACUAAAACUGCUACUGUUAAAAAAGAAGAAAACAACACUGCCGCAGCUAGUGACAAUUCAGCCAGCAGCAGUGAAACAAAAAAUACAGCAACAGCAGAACCAUCCGGCACUGCCGAAAAACAAGAAAAAAGCAAUAACGACGCUGGAAAUAAUAACACAGACACUUUGCCAAAUGACAAUACACAUACACUCACAGCACAAAAAGAGGAAAAUAAUUCUCUCGAACAAGUUCAAUUUGAAGAUAAAGACCAAAAUGCUAUUGAUAACCGCAAAAAAGCAUUAAUUAAACAAAUUACUGAAGCCAAAACAAAGCAAGAGACGCAAUCUUCUCGGCAAUCUUCUUCUUCGUCUGAGGAAAAUAAGCAAACUAAAAAUAAUAGUCCUUCUCCCUCAACUAAUGAAUCAGAAAAUCAAAAGCCAAACCAACCCACAACUAAUGAAAAUUCACCAAAGGAAAAAUCUCAAGACAUAGAAAAAACUAUUGUUGAAGUACAAACUCAAAAUAGUAAUGUGAAAGAAGCCAAAGAAAUUCAAAACGCCUUAACCAUAGCCGAAAAAGCUUUGGCUAGCCAAAAUUGGCAAGCAAAAUUAUUUAUCAAUUUACACGCAAUUAAGGAUGGUAAACCAUCUACUUAUCAGGCAACUAAACCCCAAGUAGACCGAGCAAUUCAACACUUACAGCAAUUACAAAAACAAGAAAAUGCUACCAGUGAACCAAAACAAAGGACUCGUCAAGAAAAUGAAAAAAAUAGUCUAACCACCGGACAAAAAAUAGCCAUUGGUUUUGGAAUAUUUGGCGGAGUAAUUUUAAUAGCAUUAAUUAUCAGUAAAGUAAUAAAUUCUAAAGAAAAAAGAAGAUAA